AUGGUUCUGUACGAGGAUCACUACUCAUUCGAGGAGUACUUCUACCGGCUUCUCCCCGGCACCCUGCGCGGCGUCGCGCCCGUCGUCGCAGGCUUGCCCAUCGCCGCGCUCACGCUCGAUGUCACCUACGGGCGCGCCGACGCCGACGGGGGCCAGCCGUGGAGCGCGCUCUUCGCCGCGCUGCACGUCGCCGGCUUCACGGGCUGCGGCGCCGUGCUUCGCGCCCUCGCGUCCGACGGGCGCCCGCAGGGGGCAGCGGCGGGCGACGGCAGAGGGCCCGUGAUGUGCCCGCUACUGUCCCGCUUGCGCAUCGGAGGCCCGCAGGCGGUGGUCACGGGAGGCGUGAAGUCGUUUGCGGCGCUCGCGGAGAUGCUCGAGUGGCGUGACGCGCGGGGGGCGGCGCGGGUCGAGGAGCUCCAGGUCGGGUUUGUGGGCUGCGCGAAGGAGCUCGCGAAGCUGCAGGCGGAAUACGGGCCACGGGCAUUUGAGUGA